AUGUCGGCUCAAGCGGUGGCCAAGGCUGCCGGAGGCGUCGUCUCCAUCGCCAAGUCCACCGGAGUGUGGGAAUCCAUCCGCAAGGCCCUCUCCAUUGACGCCAACCGCUCCAACGGCGUGCCGCUGAACCCGUACUUCCGCAACCCUCCACCCGGCAGCAACGACCCCAUGGCCUACGACGACCCCGUCACCGUGCCGGCCGGCGACAUCGCCGACAACCCCUACUGGAAGCGCGACCACCGCCGCCACUACCCCAAGCUGAGCGUCAUGAACCAGGCCGACGUGGCUAGCCUGCUGACGAUUGGGAGCGCCGCCGCACCCAAGGUUGAUCUGAUUGGCGAGGCGGGCGAGAAGCAGCUCGUCGCGGCGAAGCAGGAGGGCGAGACGGGUCUGGCCAAGUGUCUCGAGAAGACGAGCGGCAAGGACGUCUUUGUGGACGGCCUGCCGCCGCUGCCUAGCGGCCAGAGCCUCGCGUCGGGCUCGUGGAAGGUGUACAAGUAUGAGCUGACGGAGGAGAAUACAUAUCCCCAGGGGUGA